GAUGUGGAGCAAAGUGGAGUGGAUUGGAGUGGAGUGAAACAGAGUUGAAUGGAGCGGAGUGGAGAGAAGAGGAGUGGGGUGGAACAGAGUAGAGUGGACUGGAGUGAAGUAGACUGGAGUGGAGAGGAGCGGAGAGAAAUGGAGUGGAGCAGAGUGGAAUGGUGGAGUAUGGAGUUUUGUGGUGGAGGAGGUGGUGCUCCGAGGAUCCUGUUCUGCUCAAAGCCUCCUGGAUCCUAUUCCUCGACAAUGUAGGAAUCUGGGAGACGCCAAGGAGGACAGUGACGCCAGCCCCCCCGUCAGGAUGAACGAGUAUCCUGCUGGAGGAAUCCUGAUGACCUUGGCACAAAUUCCUGCCGACGUGAAGGGUACCUUUGAGUUCUACCUUUGCCCUGAGGAAGGAAAUACCCAGCAGGAGGAAUGUCUCAUUAGGAUCCCCCUCCAGUUAGCUGACGGUUCAGGGACUCAGUUCAGGAUGGAAAAGAUUCAGAAGGAAGACUCCUACCAGAUUCCUCUUAUGCUACCUGAUGAAGUUACUUGUGAUGAUUGUGUCCUGCAGUGGCGCGUGGUGAGCGAGAUUUGUCAAGAUGCCAGUGACUGUGACAUCGUGGACGAGAUCUUCUGUGCUGACGUCAACAUCCGGGAAGUCAAGUGAGUUUCCUGAAUUCCCGGAUGAGACUCGACGGGAAGAAGACAAGAGGUUUUUCCGUCUGCUCUUUGACGCUCUUUUUGGAAAAUGAACUGACUGACUGGAGAUCUGACUGAGUAAGGCGACUAAGGGACUGACUGGCUAGAGUGCAAAGGGAAAUGACUAAAUUGACUGAAUGACUGGAGAUCUGACUGAGUGAGGCGACUGAGGCACUGACUGGCUAGAAAGCAAAGGGAAAUGACUGGCUAAAUUGACUGACUGACUGGAGAUCUGACUGAGUGAGGCGACUGAGGGACUAACUGGCUAGAGAGCAAAGGGAAGUGACUGGCAAAAUCUGACUGGAGAUCUGACUGGCUACAGAGCAAAGUGACUGGCUACAGAACAAAUUGAAAUGAUUGGCUAAAUGAAUUGACUAACUGGAGAUCUGACUGAGUGAGGUGACUGAGGGACUAACUGGCCAGAGAGCAGAGGGAAGUGACUGGCAAAAUCCGACUGAGACACUGACUGUCUAGAGAGAAAAAUGAAGUGACUGGCAAAAUCUGACUGAGACACUGACUGUCUAGAGAGCAAAAUGAAGUGACUGGCAAAAUCUGACUGGAGAUCUGACUGAGACACUGACUGAAUGGAGAGCAAAGUGAACUAACUAACUGGAUAUCUGACUGAGUGAGGCGACUGAGGCAUUGACUGACUAGAGAGCAAAGUGAAGUAACUGGCAAAAUCUGACUGGAGAUCUGUCUGAGUGAGGUGACUGAGACACUGACUAGCUACAGAGCAAAGUGAAGUGACUGGCAAAAUUAACAGACUAACUGUAGAUCUGACUAAGUGAAGUGACUGAGGUACUGACUGACUGGAGGGCAAUGUGAAAUGACUGUCUUAAUGAACUGACUAACUGGAGAUCUGACUGAGUGAAGUGACUGAGGCAAUGAAUUAGUGUAAAGUAAAGUGAAGUGACUGGCAAAUGAACUGACUAACUGGAGACCUGACUAGUUAGAGAUGAGAUGUGAGGUGACUGAGGUACUGACUGACUGGAAAGCAAAGUGAAGUGAUUAGGAAAACUAAAUGACUGACUGAAAAUUAAAUAAAGUGAAAUGACUAGAAUACUAAUUAACUCGAGAUCUGUCUGAAGUGACUAGGAUACGAACUGACAAAAACAAGAAAAUGAUACAAAGAGAAAGAAAGAGAAAGAAGAAGGAGAAGAAGAAAAGAAAUUACAAAAUUGGACAAGAAUUAAAGAGACAAAGAUCGGAAAACAAACAAGGAAAUUAAAAAAAAAAUAAAAAAUAAAAGUGGGAAGCGCACACCAGACGGAAAGACGAACAGAUAUUAAAUACACAUGGAAAGAAAAUACGACAAAAUCAAUAAUUUCUUAGAAGCAAUCAUCCUAAAAAAAAAAAUUGAAAUACACACAUACAAAAUGACAAAGAAGAUUAAAACAGAAGAAAAAAAACAAACAAAAAAAGUUUCCGAGUGCCAUGAAAAAAAAAAGUUUUUUGUUUGUUUGUUUUUAGCAUUUUUUAUUGAGAAUAAUCUUAAUACUGUCUCCACAUCAUUAAUAAAAAUGUUCACAAAAAAAUAGAUAUUCAUUGAAACUAGAAUUUACUUGUAGUUGGUUAAUAAUAAACACUGACAAAAAUUGAGAAAUCUCAAAAAUAGUUUUCUAUUUAUGUCAAUCAAAAUGUCUGUCAUUUAUCAUUAAAUUCUUUACCUAAUCCUCUUCCACUCUCUUCAAUGUCUCUUCUUCUUAUUUUAUUUCGUACCUUAUUUAAUUUUUGAAUUAAUAAUCUACUUUUGUAUUCAUUAUUUUGUCAAUAAAAGUAAACAUUUUGUUUGUGGCCAAAUUAGAGAAUUUUUUGAAUAAAGAAAACAGAACAUCAA